AUGUUCAGGAGACCGCAAGAGGGGGGACUGAGGAGGUGGGCGUCCUCGGGGGCGGAGCCUCCAGCGGCAGAGCCUGUCCGGGCGUCAGACGUACCCCUGGGCCCCGGGCCCGAGGCCCUAGCCCUCGGGCCGCUGACCCCGGCUCAUUCGCCGCAGGUGUACGCGGCCUCCGCGCGCCUCAGUAUCCAGGAAGAGCAGGGCGCGCCGGGAAGACCUGGUAGAAACUACGAGUCCCAGGAGGCCUUGCGGAGGAGGGCGUUCACCACGGGCCAAUGA